CCAGAGGGCGUUGCGAGUUUCACCGCAACCGGACUCGUACAGGUCAGUUCGGGGUGCGCGGGCAGCCACCGCCCCGUUCAAUGGCCGCCGCGCUUUACCUCCCGGCGAACCCAAAUCCGACGCCCAACCCUACCUCGUCCCUCCGCCCUCCGCUGCCGCGGCCUUCCACUUCCGGCGAGCUCCACUUCCGUCCCCGCCCAGUGCCCCGUCGUGCCCGCGCUCGAACCCAUCUCCCCGCCGCGUUCGGGAGGCGACCGCCCGCGGCGGCUGCGGCCGAGCGCGGAGGGAAGGACUACUACGCCACGCUGAACGUCCGGCGCGACGCCACCCUGAAGGAGGUCAAGAGCGCCUACCGCACCCUCGCGCGCAAGGUGUUGCUGGAGCUACAGACCGUGAAGAAAACACUUUCUUGGUUUGUUUUGUAUUUCAGUACCACCCGGAUAUGAACAAGAGCCCUGGGGCAGAAGAAAAAUUUAAGGAGAUAAGUGCUGCAUACGAGGUUCUGUCGGACAAAGAGAAAAGAUCUUUGUAUGAUCGGUUUGGAGAAACAGGACUUCAUGCAGAUUAUGGAGGUGGAGAUUUCGGUGCACAUGGGGUUGAUCCAUAUGAACUCUUCAAUGCAUUUUUUGGCAGUUCUAACAAGUUCUUUGGAGAUAGCAUGGGUCCAGGGCGAUUUCAUUACAGUUCAAAUGUCAAGGAUAACAGGGCACUUGAUAUUCGCUAUGAUCUUCUCCUUCCUUUUGAAGAAUCAAUCCUUGGAGGAAAACGGGAGAUCAGUAUUUCUAGACAUGAAACCUGCGGCGCUUGCCAUGGAUCUGGAGCUAAAUCUAGCAAUAGCAUAACAGAAUGUACACAAUGCAGAGGUCAAGGCAGGUCGAUGAAAUCUCAGAGGACACCUUUUGGUAUAGUAUCUCAGAUAUCUUCUUGCUUAAAUUGUGAUGGCAGUGGGAAGAUAAUUACUGAACAUUGCCCAAGCUGUGAUGGUUCAGGCAAAGUCCAAGUUGAGCGAAGUAUACAAGUAGACAUACCUGGAGGUAUUGAGGAUGGCUCAGCCAUUCGAAUUACCGGAGGAGGUAGUGUUGAUAAGCAAAGGGGUGUAAGUGGUGACUUGUAUAUAUUUGUUUGUGUUGAAGAAAAACAAGGCAUCCACAGAGAAGGUCUCGAUUUGUGCUCGGAUGUCACGAUUGAUUGCACUGAUGCAAUUUUAGGAACUACAGUGAAGGUUGAGACAAUAGAGGGAUUGAGGGAUCUUUAUAUUCCCCCUGGAACUCAGCCUGGGGAGAAGUUGAAGAUUGUGCAACUGGGAGCUCGGGACAUUAAGAGACCUAACCAUAGAGGAGACCACAACUUUGUGAUAAAGGUGAAGAUCCCGAAGAAUAUCAGUGACCAGGCACGUUCACUUGUUGAAGAUCUUGCUGCAUUAAAGGGAACUCGGGGCAUUUCAGUUCCUGGUGAUGAAACUAUAGAUCAAGGAAACUUGAGAAACAGAAGCCAUCAUUCUUCCGCAGGGAAGAAAUCAUCGUUUUGGGGGUCCGUCAGGAAUCUGUUCAGGGGUGAAGAAGGGGAUCAGAGAUUUGCUUCGAUCAGUGCACAACCUGUUAUUCCACGGUGGACUUAUCAACGCGGAGUUCAUCGUGCUGCCCCAUUGUUAGAAGGAUGCUUCAUGAUCACAACAUUCAUCUUCCUGAUAUGCAGAACGGGCAAAUUCAGGUUUCGCCUGAAGGGGGAUGAUCGCACAAGUAAAGCUGAAGAUGGAGAGUGAAUUUCGGUAGCAUUGUUUGUUGGAUGUUAAUAGUGUAAUGGAUCGGAAUCCGGUUGCACAAAUCUGUUUCUCGGGCGAUCAUAUUGUUUGCGCCCCGCCAAUUUUGUUAUUGUGUGGGAAGCCGGGAAGAAGCAGGGGCCAGAGUAACAUCAGUGAACAUAGAACAGCACAUUUUGUGCUAGUUUUCUAGACAGGUGCUCAUGACUUGAACAGGUUACAGUAUGUGAUUGAAAAUGCCUACAAUUUUAAAGAAGCCGUUGUCUCAAAAA